CCGGGAGCGCAGAGCAGGGAGGAGCAGCCAGCGCCGCGCAGAGCCCGCAGCGCCGACCGGGCCCGGCAGCUUGGAGGGCUGGAGACUGAUGCAUGAGGGGCCCACGGAGGCGCAGGAACGGUGGUGAUGGUGUGGGAAGCGGAGCUGAAGUGCGCUGGGCUUUGCUGAGGUGUGACAGUUUAUCAUGACUGUGUUCAGGCAGGAAAACGUGGAUGAUUACUACGACACCGGCGAGGAACUUGGCAGUGGGCAGUUUGCAGUCGUGAAGAAAUGCCGGGAGAAAAGCACGGGUCUACAGUAUGCCGCCAAGUUUAUCAAGAAGAGGAGGACCAGAUCCAGCCGGCGGGGCGUGAGCCGCGAGGACAUCGAGCGGGAGGUCAGCAUCCUGAAGGAGAUCCGGCACCCCAACGUCAUCACCCUCCACGAGGUUUACGAGAACAAGACGGACGUCAUCCUGAUUCUGGAACUAGUGGCAGGUGGCGAGCUCUUUGACUUCUUGGCUGAAAAAGAAUCUUUGACUGAAGAGGAAGCAACCGAGUUUCUCAAACAAAUUCUUAAUGGUGUUUACUACCUGCACUCCCUUCAGAUUGCCCAUUUUGAUCUUAAGCCUGAAAACAUAAUGCUUUUGGAUAGAAAUGUCUCUAAACCUCGGAUCAAGAUCAUUGACUUUGGGUUGGCCCAUAAAAUUGACUUUGGAAAUGAAUUCAAGAAUAUAUUUGGGACACCAGAGUUUGUUGCUCCUGAGAUAGUCAACUAUGAACCUCUUGGUCUUGAGGCAGACAUGUGGAGUAUUGGGGUGAUAACCUAUAUUCUCCUAAGUGGGGCCUCCCCAUUUCUUGGAGACACUAAGCAAGAAACGUUAGCAAAUGUAUCUGCGGUCAACUACGAAUUUGAGGAAGAAUACUUCAGUAAUACCAGUGCCCUAGCCAAAGAUUUCAUAAGAAGACUCCUCGUCAAGGAUCCAAAGAAGAGAAUGACAAUUCAAGAUAGUUUGCAGCAUCCCUGGAUCAAGCCUAAAGAUACCCAACAAGCACUUAGUAGAAAGGCAUCGGCAGUCAACAUGGAGAAGUUCAAGAAGUUCGCAGCCCGGAAAAAGUGGAAACAAUCGGUUCGCUUGAUAUCACUGUGCCAAAGAUUAUCCAGGUCGUUCCUGUCCAGGAGUAACAUGAGUGUUGCCAGAAGCGAUGAUACUCUGGAUGAGGAAGACUCCUUUGUGAUGAAAGCCAUCAUCCACGCCAUCAAUGAUGACAACGUCCCAGGCCUACAGCACCUCCUGGGCUCAUUGUCCAACUAUGACGUUAACCAACCCAACAAGCAUGGGACCCCUCCAUUACUGAUUGCUGCCGGCUGUGGGAAUAUUCAAAUACUACAGUUGCUCAUUAAAAGAGGCUCAAGAAUUGAUGUCCAGGAUAAGGGUGGAUCCAAUGCCAUCUACUGGGCGUCUCGGCAUGGCCACGUGGACACCCUGAAGUUUCUCAAUGAGAACAAAUGCCCUUUGGAUAUUAAAGACAAGUCUGGAGAGACCGCCCUUCAUGUGGCAGCUCGCUACGGUCACGCCGACGUGGUUCAGUUACUCUGCAGCUUUGGCUCUAAUCCCGAUUUCCAGGACAAGGAAGAAGAAACCCCCCUGCACUGUGCUGCCUGGCACGGCUAUUACUCUGUCGCCAAAGCCCUUUGUGAAGCCGGCUGCAACGUGAACAUUAAGAACCGAGAAGGAGAGACGCCCCUCCUGACCGCCUCUGCCAGGGGCUACCACGACAUCGUGGAGUGUCUGUCUGAGCACGGAGCCGACCUGAAUGCGUCCGACAAGGAUGGACACAUCGCUCUUCAUCUCGCCGUGAGACGGUGUCAGAUGGAGGUCAUCCAGGCUCUCAUCAGCCAGGGAUGUUCCGUCGACUUCCAAGACAGGCAUGGCAACACCCCCCUCCAUGUGGCCUGCAAAGAUGGCAACGUGCCCAUUGUGGUGGCCCUCUGUGAAGCCAGCUGCAAUUUGGAUAUCUCCAACAAGUAUGGACGAACACCUCUGCACCUCGCAGCCAACAACGGGAUUCUGGACGUGGUCCGCUACCUCUGUCUGGCGGGCGCCAACGUGGAGGCGCUGACCUCGGAUGGGAAGACAGCAGAAGAGCUGGCUAGAUCGGAACAGCACGAGCACGUAGCAGGUCUGCUUGCAAGGCUCCGAAAGGAAACGCACCGAGGACUGUUCAUCCAGCAGCUGCGCCCCACACAGAACCUCCAGUCCAGAAUCAAACUGAAGCUGUUCGGCCACUCGGGCUCGGGGAAGACCACUCUGGUGGAAUCUCUCAAGUGUGGGCUGCUGAGAAGCUUCUUCCGAAGACGCCGGCCCAGACUCUCCUCCGCUGGCUCCACCAGGUUCCCGCCCUCACCCCUGGCAUCCAAGCCCACAGGCUCCGUGAGCAUCAGCAACCUGUACCCAGGCUGCGAGCACGUGAGCGUCAGGAGCCGCAGCAUGAUAUUUGAGCCGGGCCUCACCAGGGGGACCCUAGAGGUGGUGGUGGCACCACCCCAGCACCCACACUGUGCUGCUGAUGAACAGUCCACCAAGGCUAUUGACAUCCAGAACGCCUAUCUGAACGGAGUUGGUGAUUUCAGUGUGUGGGAAUUCUCUGGAAAUCCUGUAUACUUCUGCUGUUAUGACUAUUUUGCUGCAAAUGAUCCCACGUCCAUCCACGUCUGCUCUCUGCCCCCAGCCUUUGGCGGCAAGCUGAAGAACCCACUCCACGUCGUGCUGGUGGCCACACACGCCGACAUCAUGAACGUGCCUCGGCCGGCUGGGGGCGAGUUCGGGUAUGACAAGGACACGUCCUUGCUGAAGGAGAUCAGGAACAGGUUCGGGAACGAUCUUCGCAUUUCACACAAGCUGUUUGUUCUGGAUGCCGGUGCGUCGGGCUCUAAGGACAUGAAGGUUCUGCGAAGUCACCUGCAAGACAUCCGGAGCCAGAUUGUGUCGGUCUGCCCUCCGAUGACCCACCUGUGUGAGAAGAUCAUCUCCACGCUGCCUUCCUGGAGGAAGCUCAAUGGGCCAAACCAGCUGAUGUCACUGCAACAGUUCGUGUAUGAUGUGCAAGACCAGCUGAACCCUCUGGCCAGAGAGGGGGACCUCAGGCGCAUAGCCCAGCAGCUCCACAGUGCUGGCGAGAUCAACAUCAUGCAGAGUGAAAUGGUCCAGGACGUGUUACUCCUGGAUCCCUGCUGGCUCUGCACCAACGUCCUGGGGAAGCUGCUGUCCGUGGAGACCCCACGGGCCCUGCACCAUUACCGGGGCCGCUACACCGUGGAGGACGUUCAGCGCCUGGUGCCCGACAGCGUCGUGGAGGAGCUGCUGCAGAUCCUAGAUGCCAUGGACAUCUGUGCCCGGGACCUGAGCAGCGGGACCAUGGUGGACAUCCCCGCCCUCAUCAAGACAGACAACCUCCACUGCUCCUGGACUGAUGAGGAGGAUGAGGGGAGGGUCUAUGGCAUCGUCCCUGUGGAGCACCUCACCCCCUUCCCAUGCGGCAUCUUUCAUAAGGUGCAGGUGAACCUCUGUCGGUGGAUCCACCAGCAGAGCACCAAGGGAGACGCAGACAUCCGCCUGUGGGUGAACGGCUGCAAGAUUGCCAACCGUGGGGCCGAGCUGCUGGUGCUUCUGGUCAACCACGGCCAGGGCAUUGAGGUGCAGGUGCGAGGGCUGGAGACGGAAAAGAUAAAGUGCUGCCUCCUGCUGGACUCCGUGUACAGCACCAUGGAGAACGUCAUGGCCACCACGCUCCCAGGGUUGCUGAUGGUGAAGCAUUACCUGAGCCCCCAGCAGCUGAGGGAGCACCACGAGCCCCUCAUGAUCUAUUAGCUGCGGGACUUCUUCCGGGCACAGACCUUGAAGGAGACCUCGCUGACUAACACCAUGGGUGGGUACAAGGAGAGCUUCAGCAGCAUCAAGUGCUUUGGGUGUCACGACGUGUACUCACAGGCCAGUCUCGGGAUGGACAUCCAUGCAUCAGAUCUCAACCUUCUGACCCAGAGGAAACUGUGUCGUCUGCUGGACCCACCCGACCCCAUGGGGAAGGACUGGUGCCUUCUGGCCAUGAACUUGGGUCUCCCUGACCUUGUGGCAAAGUACAACACCAAUAACGGGGCUCCCAAGGAGUUCCUCCCAAACCCGGUGGACGCCCUGCUCUGGGAAUGGGCCUCCGACCCUGAGAGCACAGUCAGCAUCCUCAUGUCCAAACUGCGGGAGCUGGGGCAUCGGGACGCAGCUGACUUUCUACUGAAGGUGUCAUCUGUGUUCAAAAUCAACCUCGAUGGCAAUGGGCAGGAGGCCUAUGACUCCAGCUGCAACAGUGGCACAUCUUAUAAUUCCAUCAGCUCCGUCGUGUCCCAGUGA